GUCAUUUUCGAACGCCCUUCCUGAGCCACAGCUGAAGGAUGUAAACAAACGCGUCCAGGGUGUCUCGCUACUUCGCUUUGAAAUUUCUUCGUAAAGACUGGAUGUGGAGAUGGACAGGUACCUCAUCACACCAAAGAGAAAAAUGGCAGAAGAAAUUACAGAACAGUUUGUAAGUAUUAAAGAUGUUGCAGCACAAUUUCACAACCAUGUUCGGAGCGUAAGAGUUGCCAUCACAGAAGUACGAGGAGACUUGUUUACGUGUCCAGAUACCGCCUCGCUAGCCCAUUGUAUCUCCCAGGAUAUUCGGAUGGGGAAGGGCAUUGCAACUCUUUUCAAGGCAAAGUUUGGACGUGUUCAGGAAUUGAGUGAUCAGUGCCGCAAACCUGGAGAAGUUGCCGUCCUGAAACAUGGUCAAAGAUUUAUCUAUUACUUAGUCACUAAGGAACGAUAUUGGCACAAGCCCACAUAUUUAAGUCUUCGGUCUUCUCUACAAGCAAUGAAACGCCAUGCUCUCCAGCAUAAUGUCGCUGCCAUUGCUAUGCCUCGCAUUGGAUGUGGACUGGAUGGUCUAGUGUGGGACCGAGUCCGUGAGAUCCUUACCGAUGUAUAUAAAGAUACUGAUAUCAAGAUUUCUGUUUAUUCCAUUUGAGGCUUUCUACUUGAUAUAUACAAAGCAUAUGAAGAUGAUCAUCUGUAUAGAAAUGGUAUGAGCACGCUCAUGGCAUGUGCAUGUUAAGCCAUUGUUUCCGUAAGCCCAAGAUGGAACCUAGGGUGAUUUAUUUUAUGAUACGUAUUUGAAAGUUGCUGUCCAUGUAAACAGUAGCCAUAUAUUGUGCAGAAAAUGAGUUCUUGUCUCCAUCACAGAGAUGGCCACUAGCUGUCCCUCUUGGAAAGACCUUGAAAAUAUAAAUAGGUCUUGAAGCUAGAAUAAGGUUCAAGUGCAGCUAAUAUAUGUAGUAGAUAGAUUAUGAAAACUAAACAUUUGAUAAAAUAGAUUUUCAGUUUUAUAGGUUAGCCAUGCAAUUUUGGUGACUUGCUCAGAGAAGUCAGACAUGUUCUCAGUUAUUGAGAAUUUUAUCUAGGGUGAAAAAAACUUUUAACUGAAAUCACCCAGAUGAUUAAAGCUGUAGAAGGAUUUUGAAAUUUUUCUUUGAUUUAGGAUGAACAGCUUGGGGCAGCAUUUGCUGUCAGUAUUUGAUAAGGAAUAUUAUUUUUCCACAGAGGUCUUCUUUCCAAGUGUUGGAAAGAUGAGUACAACUUUUAUUUUGGGUAGAAAGAGGCUGUGUAUUGCUCUUAGAAGUUGAUAAGAACUGCCAUGGUGUGUUUUUACCUGAGCCUAGAGAUAAGGACCUUCCUGGUGCUCUGCUACCUAAUACUUCGCACAUUACGCUUAACUUUCAAUUGAGAUGAUGGAGACUGACUUGUGGCAAACCAACUACUCCUUAAGAUGCUUGCAAGUGCUGGACACACACUUUUUGUACAAUGAAAUAUUUGUAUAAAGAGUCUUAAGACACGGUUUUGGCAAACUCCUUAUGGCAAGUGGAUUGAUGUCAAAAAAAUAUAAAAGUUUAUAUACAGUAUGUGUUAUCAUCUUUCAUAGUAUGAUUCACAGUAAUUCGGUCUGAAUCCCAUCUGACAGAUUCUGUUAUACAGGAUUUAAUGUGUCUUGAAGGUAAAGUGAGGAAGCCAUGUUUGCAGAUUGUCAGUUUUGGGAUUAAGCAGUGUGACUGUGAUAUCACUCAAUAUAAAGGGCCAUCAUGCUUUUACAAAAGAAGAAACAACAAUAUAUCUUAUCUUUGAUAUUACUCCGGUGCCAAGAAGAUUUCUCUUGCAAAAUAUUGUAAUUAGAUAGUUAUGUAAGUUCUAUUUAGAUGAAAACAUUGGAAUGAAAACAAUUUUCAAAAUAGUAAACUGCAAAGGUGA